AUGUUUAGAUCCCAGACCAGAUGUGCUGAGAGUCGUACACCGCUCUCUUACAUGACUUGCCCCGACGAAAAUGCAUCUAUCCCAAGUUUUGAAGAAAUUGGACAAGGCCGAUGGCUUAAUAGGCCCGAAUUUCAUGUGCCAUGUUUGGGAAUGUCUUUGAUUAUUAUUAUUCUUUAUCUACUCGAAUUACGAGUUGUUCUUUCCUAUCGCAAGUACUCUCCAUUCACUUCCACUUUUUUCCGAAUUUGGACUGUUCAGGCUAUAGCUGAUUUACUGAGCUUACUCUGCUACAUUAUUGCUUUUGUUCGAAACAUGCCGCACACUUGGGGUUUCUGGAUGAAGCUCAAUGCCACUCCCUUACCAAGCAUCCUUGGCACCAUGAAUGGGGCUGUCGUCUUGAGUCAAAUGAUCGGAGUAUGCAUAAUCUCCCUUAAUCGAUAUUUGAAGAUUUGCAAACCGACUUCAGAACUUACAGUGAAAUUCGAUAGCGUAUCCACUUUCGGAUUCUCUCUACUAAUACUCGUAUUUCCAACAAUGACAACAGCUCUUAUACUGUUCCCAGGUGCUCCGAGAUAUGUCUACAUUAUGGGGCAGAGCUAUGUAAUAGCUGCUUGUUACCAGAAUCCGAAAAUGCUGCAAGCUUUCUCGGGAAUAGCGUCUAUAAUGUGUAUAAUAUCCCUUUUUAUUUCAACAAUCUGUUAUGGCCAAGUGAUGCAAAACAUAGCAGUACUGAAUUGUGUCAAGCGCCGGAGUCAUUUCAAUGUUCUUCCGGUGGAAAGCCAUGUUUGA